GAUUUGCGUAUUGUUGAGUUGCAGAGCCUCAGCUCACCGUUUUUCAAAAAAAAAAAUGUCCGACCAGCUUUGUAAACUUUUCGUCGGUGGACUAAACGUGGACACCGACGACGAUGGCCUGCGUAAGCAUUUCGAGCAGUACGGCACGCUCACCGACUGCGUUGUCGUCGUGAAUAAGCAGCUGCAGCGGUCCCGCUGUUUCGGCUUUGUAACCUACUCCUCAACAGAAGAGGCCGACGCAGCAAUGGCGGCCAGGCCGCACACCGUCGACGGCAACGCGGUCGAGGUGAAGCGGGCCGUGGCGAGAGAAGACGCAAACAAGCCAGAGGCGCUCGCUAAAGUGAAGAAAAUAUUCGUCGGCGGUCUGAAAGACGACAUCGAAGAGGAACAUCUGACCGAAUACUUCUCACAGUACGGUCAAAUCGAGAAGUCCGAAGUCAUCUCGGAGAAGGAGACCGGAAAGAAAAGGGGAUUCGGCUUUGUUUACUUCAACGAUCAUGACGCAGCCGACAAGGCGGUUGUGGUGAAGUUCCACACCGUCAACGGACACAAAGUUGAGGUGAAGAAGGCCCUGACCAAGCAGGAGAUGCAGGCGGCCAGCAGAACCGGUAUGGCGCCGAGGGGCAGACCGGGUAGAGGCAUGAGGGGAAAUCAAAAUGGCUACGGCAGCAGAGACUACGGCGGAAACUACAACUACGGAAAUGGCGGAGGCUACAACUGUGGCGGCUACGGAGGGUAUGGCGGACCGUAUGGGGGUGGCUACGGAGACCAGGGAAGUGGCUAUGGAGGUGGAAACGGCUACAACGAGUUUGGCAGCGGCUACGGCCAGCAUUCUUCUGGUUAUGGUCCCAUGAAAGGACCACCCUUCCAAAGGAGCGCUGCGCCCUACACCAGAGGCGGCGGUGGUGGCGGCGGCUACCCGAGGGGGGGCUACGGUGGCGGCUACUAAAAUGAGACUGCGCAAUGGAAAUCGACCACCCUACCCCCUGCCAUAGAUUACCUCCAGCCGGGAUUUGGACGCUCAACUCAUUCGGUAACGGGCCGUCUGCCGUGAAAUCCAACAACGGCAGAGAUACGGACAGAGAUCCCCCCUAAUCAUAAUGAAGACCUCAAAAACCCAAACAGGUUGCUACGGUAACCUGGGUAACAUCACCCUGAACAUGAUGGGGUGUGUGUCUUCACGCCAGCGGGGGGACCGGAGAGUGGUUGUGCCUUCUCCCCCUCAGGAUCGACGAUUUCUGGCCAUCCUGUAGGAAAAGGAAACCUCUGUUAUGUUGGCCGUGCUUUUUAUGAAUCUACAAUAAAUCUAUAUGUUUUUAUACACCAA